CAGUCGGUCGGUUAGGGAGGAUGACGGAAGGUUAUGACGCGUCGCGGCGCAUUUCAACUCGCAUCCUCGUCGUCCCACGAAUUUUUCACGCGAACGAGUGUUUAGAGAGUUUCGUCGAGAGUGUCGGAAGUGAAAUAAAUUGUCGGCCGUUCGUGCCAACAUUCGUCGUCAGUCGGAUGCGAUGUAUUGUGCGAAGUUGUGUUGCGUUUAAUCAUGUUUUGCAUCUUCUCCGUUGUCUCAUAUCCCGAGUUUCCCCGACGUAGAAAGGAGAUUAUUGCAAGGAGCAAGUGCAAAUCUUGCGAAGAAAAUGCAGGCUCAAGCUGAAGAAAAAUAUAUUGAUUAUUUUAGGUUGCCACCUCAAAUUAUUUGAUGAAUUACUAAAAUUAGUCGGACCUGUUAUUAUCAAAGAACAAAUAAUUCGUGAUUUCAUUUCGCCUGAAUCUCGCCUACACACUGCAGUUUUUUAGCAUCAGAAGAUAGCAUGAAAUCGAUAUCGUAAUGACAAUUAUUUGAUGAAUUAGUAAAAUUAAUAAAUUAAUUAUUUAUUAAUUAAUUUUUUUGUUUUUCUUUGUGACAACACGUGAAAGAUGAAUACAUGCGCAAAAAUUAUUCCGCUGAAAACGGAAAAAGAAAAUGGCGGAAUCGGCGGAACGAAGCCGCUACCAAUCACAAACAUUCCGCAUUCCAUGUGAGCGCACCCUUAAUGUCUUCGUUUGGCGCCAAAAUUACAAAAAUUUAUAAAUAAACAAUUGCUGAAUAAUAAUUGUUUGCAAGAAAUAUUGCAAAGAUUAAACUUAUGUUUAAUAUUGUUGGCAACGAUGCAUCGUAAAGAGUUCAAACUGGAUCUUCUCGAACAUUAUUGAUCGAAUGAUCUGAUCUUGUGUUAUAGAAUAUAGGUUAGAAAAACAUCUCAGUGCUCCGUGAUUUUGAUGCCCGUACAAAAUUUUUGCAUUGUCUUAUGCAAGUCACGAUGUUAGUCCCGGCAAUUAGAAGGAGUGUGCCGUGCAAUUUGCGACGAGUCGCCGCAUGUGUCAUUUACAGAAACAAAACGCGGACGAGGAUUGUACGUCGGUGCGACGAGUCGAAUUUUUUGUUCACCUCGCUCCCGAACGUCGUGGCCUGCAGAACUUAUAACACCGAGUCGGAUUCCGAGUCGCAUGCCUCUCUGCCAAUGCUCGUUACCGGCGCCGACGUAUUCACACCGUCUCUUUUAACUCCGUUUCGUCUUUUCUUCCUGUCCUUCAGGACUAUUCCGUACAUAGAUAAAGAGUUUCUCAUAUCCGAGACUCUCAACGGAGCCAAAUAUGCAAUAACAGUGAUAUCCAAAGCUUUAGCGAAUAGAGACUAUGAUUCUUUAGAAGGGCUUGUAGCAGAAAAUAUGAUAGAAGUUUUAAGAACAAAGAUCGAAACUCUCAACCCUGAGCAGAGAUGUUUAAUUGCAGUGAAUCAGGAAGAUAUUGCGUUUCAUGUUCUGUGUGAUAUCGCAGCUACGACAGAUAAGGAGCAUUCCAUUGAAUUUAAAAUGAUCUGCCACUACAUCCCAGGUAUGACCGAGAAAAAGCAGAUGCUGGAAAGAGCUAACUUCACAGACCUCUCUAAAUUGGGAAACUUGUUAGUAUGUAAUUAUACAUUUACUCGUAAAUAUGUAAAUAAUAUUGGUGGUUCGUGGAUUGCGACUUUUGUAAAUCAUUUUAGUAUUAAUCUCUCGACAUAGAUAUGUCAAUAUAUUUGCAAACUAGUUUAAAAUAAAAUAAAAUAAAAUUUAUGUUAAUUUG